UGAGAAAGACAGAACAAGCCAUAUCAGCUGCUGGAAAUCUCAUGCUCCGCCGAUCAGUGCGAGACAGAUUCUCGUCUGGAACGGAGUAAUCCUCAUCUACAGUCGUGCUUCUCAAUCUGUAGUCUCAUAGCGACAAAAGACUUUAAUUCAAGUGCGUGGAAAAAUUACAAACCAGUGAAUUGUGUUGAAAAAAAACAAAUUCUAUAAACUUCCUGUCCUAAAAUCAAUAAUCGAUGCAAAAAAGACUACUAAUGACUCAGUGUUUGUGAUCAAUUUUCUUCGGUGCUGAAGCGCGCAGAAAGGAGUUAAAGAAAAGCAAACGCGAUAAAUCAAUAUUCAUUGAAUGUCGAUGGGAAUUUGAGCAGAAUACUAAUUUCACUGCACAGUGGCAUAGUUCACAUACUUGAGAGCCUUUUUUUAGUGAUUGAUCGAUCGUCGCGGUGAAAUGUCUGGAAAAACACGCAGUCUUCCGUGUCUACUGGGGAUUUUGCUCUUGGCACAUGCUCAUGGAUUGCUGAAUAUUGAAGAAAGUGGUGGCGGUCAACACAUUGGUGUGCUUGGAAGAGUAAAUUCGAGUGUUUUGGCCACAGCUGUUGGUCAAGCUGAAGAUCACUUUGAUAAGCUGAAACGGUUAGAAGCCACACUAGCAACACGGGCCAGAGUACAAAAUGGAAGUAUAUCAAAUGCACAACUGCUGGAUGGAUUGCCAACAGAUCAGGCGAAAGAGUAUGAUCGCGUUGCGCAGAUUAUGUUGAAGACCAGCACAAAUCUCCUCCAUACAGUUUGUCGCUCCAACAAUAUUGCGGACAAGGAGUGCGCCAAAUACCUCGCACAUUUGGAUGUGCCUCCGUCGGAGGUGAAAGAUCAAUGUAUUCAAAUAACUAACAUGAACUUAGCGAAAGGAAGCUACCACGCCUAUAGGCGACUUCUUCCCGCUGACUACAAAGACGGUCUGUACAAAGUCCGCACCAAGGAGGAUGGUAGUUCACUACCCCUACCAAGAGCAAUUACGAGUGCUUUCUAUGACUCAUCAAUGGAUCACAUGAAUACAAUACGGAGCUCUCAUGCAACAUCAAGUGAGGGUGUUCUCGAUCCACAGCGGAGUGUUAUGCUGAUUCAGUGGUCGCAAUUUCUGGAGCAAGAUCUCGUGAAAACGGUGCCACGAUCAAUGGGCAAUGGGAAGCCAAUUGAGUGCUGCAGCACGACUUUCAAUCAAGCAUCACCGAGGUAUAGACAUCCGUCGUGUGCUCCCCUAAUUGUCCCUGAUUCGGAUGCCUUCUAUCGCGAGCUUUUCGUCAAGUGCCUCAAUUAUGUCCGCAGUGCCCUAGCUGUCGAUCCAAAUUGCAAAUUAGGCACCCCAAAUCAGCUCAAUCAAGCCACAAAUUACCUGGAUUUGUCCCAAUUGUACGGUAUCAGUGAUGAUGAAACUCGAAACUUGAGAACAUAUCGUGGUGGUAAACUCAAAGUCUCGUCUGAUGGUGCUAAUACCAUUCCAAUUCAGGAGCAUAGUUCGCUUUGUCUACAGCCCAAUGAAACUUGCUAUGUCUCAGGUGAUCCUCGUGCCAACGCAAAUCCAUAUAUGGUGCUGCAAUAUUCAAUCUUUACACGUUCACAUAACAACAUUGCGAGACAAUUGCAUGAGUUAAAUCCCUCCUGGAAUGACGAUAGACUCUAUAAACUUUCUAGAAAGCUCAAUAUAGCCAUUUACCAGAAAAUCAUCUUUGAGGAAUGGGCACCUGAGGUGCUUGGUGUGGAUGCAGCUCGAAGAAUUAUCGAUACACCCGUAGAAGGGGUUCGACGAAAGCAAAAUGUUGGUGUUAGCAAUGAAUUUGCUACGGCUGCUAUACGUUUCUACAAUUCCAUGAUGCCCGGUGAUUUGUGGAAUACGGCUGUUUUAAUUGAUUCCGAAAGGUACAAUCUCUUCCAACUGAAGGAUACUUUCUACCGUCCGGCCAACUUCACCUCAACGGACUUCUUUGCCAGAGUUCUAGUUGCGAGCCUUUCACAACGUGCAAUGGCCAUGGACACUGGCUACGUGGAUGAUCUUGGAAUGCAACUUUUCCGAGCAACAAGUGCACAAGUUGGUACAUUUGGGACGGAUUCUCUUGCAUUGGACAUUGCUAGAGGGCGUGAUCAUGGACUACCAGGCUACAUUCACUACGUGAAAUUCUGUCAGGGGAAAACUAUUCGGAAUUGGAAUGAUUUGCGUGAUGCAAUGUCUACGCAGGAUUUGACUCUCCUCAAGAAUAUCUAUGGUUCAGUUGGUGCCAUAGAUCUCAUAAUGGGGGCUUUUGCGGAAUAUCCUUCUCAAGAUGCAACAGUUGGUCCCACACUAGCAUGCAUUAUAGAAGAAGAACUCACAAAUACGCGACAGACAGCGAGAAAUUUUUAUGACAACAACUUUAAGAUGAGGCACGCAGUUAAUGAAUAUACAGCAGCAAAUCUCCUUUGUGACACGACUGAUCUUCAAGUCAUCCAGGAGAAUGUCUUUAGAGUGCCGUCUGAGGAAAAUCUCCUGCAGCGAUGUGAGUCACUGCGUGGAAAGCUCCAUUUGAAUGUGUGGAAACAAACCUCAUAAGUAAGGUAUCUUCCUCUCUGGGGCAAUCAGUGAAGAAAUUGAUGAGCCAUAAAAUUGUACAAAAACAAAGACAACGCGAUGGCACAGAGUGCCUCACAGCUACUUCCAACCUUUCCUUUCGCGGGAACAUCCUAUACAAUUAAUCAGCAGUGCUAUAUUUGUAGAGAGAGAGACCAUCUCUUUCAAGGUCUCUCUAAUGUUGCAUUAGGCUAAAAUGGGGAAAAAAGCUUAUACAAAUAUCUACAUUAUAUGUCUAUUAAAAAAGAUAUUAUGAGAUAUGUAGCAAGGAGAUGUUUAACCCACAAAUUAAACAUAUAACUAAGAGUGAGA